AUGACAAGUCUUUCAUCGUCGGCGCUGAGGCAGGCGGGCCGUCUCUGUCGCAGGACGGCCGCUACGGGAACACUUAUUUCGACAACAGCAAGGGUGGCGAACGCACCUCUGCAACAAGUUGCUCAACGGCGAUACGUUUCAGAGUCGAGACAGGAUAAUGCUCAAGUCAAAGUCGACACAGCCAUAAAGCUGAACAAGGACGACUUCAUCAACGUCGCCGCUCAGUCCCCAGAUGGCUCCAACAUGAUGGUCAGCCCGAUGGCUGAAGUCCUCAAACAGGCAACGACCAUGGAAGAGGGCCAGCGGCCCAUCUAUCUUGAUAUGCAGGCUACGACGCCGGUAGAUCCGCGUGUCCUAGAUGCUAUGCUUCCCUUCUACACUGGCCUAUACGGCAAUCCCCAUUCGAGGACACACGCGUACGGGUGGGAAAGCGAGAAGGCUGUCGAGGAAGCCCGUGAGCAUAUCGCCAGGCUGAUCGGGGCGGAUCCGAAAGAAAUCAUCUUCACAAGCGGCGCGACCGAGAGCAACAACAUGAGCAUCAAGGGCGUGGCGAGAUUCUUUGGACGCUCAGGCAAGAAGAAGCACAUCAUCACCACGCAGACCGAGCACAAGUGCGUCCUCGAUAGCUGCCGACAUUUACAGGAUGACGGUUUCGAGGUCACAUACCUGCCUGUCCAGCAGAGCGGCAGGAUCGACAUGGCCGAGCUGGAGGCGGCCAUCAAGCCGGAGACGGCGCUUGUCAGCGUCAUGACUGUCAACAACGAAAUCGGCGUCAUACAACCCAUCGAGGAGAUCGGUAAGCUAUGCCGCAGCAAGAAGGUCUUUUUCCAUACCGAUGCCGCCCAAGCUGUCGGCAAGAUCCCCUUGGACGUCAAUGCUAUGAACAUCGACUUGAUGUCCAUUUCUUCCCAUAAGAUCUACGGACCCAAGGGCAUUGGGGCCUGCUACGUCCGGCGGCGACCUCGUGUUCGCCUGGAUCCUCUCAUCACUGGUGGCGGUCAAGAGAGAGGUCUCCGAAGCGGCACGCUGGCGCCGGCCCUGGCCGCCGGCUUCGGCGAGGCGUGCCGCAUCGCCUACGAGGAUAUGGAGGACAUUUGUUGUAACAAAGCACCCAGUCUGAAAAAUAUUUUCUCUCUCUCACGUCUCUAUGAUGCGAAGCGUGUCAAAAAGCUCUCGGAUCGACUCCUGAAGGGCCUUCUCUCCCUCGAGCAUACAACGCAGAACGGUGAUCCCGAGCAUUUCUACCCCGGUUGCGUCAACGUCUCGUUUGCUUAUGUUGAGGGUGAAUCCCUCCUCAUGGCCCUCAAGGACAUUGCCCUCUCGUCUGGCAGUGCCUGCACGUCCGCAUCGCUCGAACCUAGCUACGUCCUAAGGGCGCUCGGAAAUAGCGAUGAAAGCGCGCAUAGCAGCAUUCGGUUUGGCAUCGGUCGGUUCACUACCGAAGCCGAGAUCGACUAUGUGCUGAAGGCCGUGAAGGAGCGGGUCGACUUCCUCCGCGAGCUGAGCCCUCUGUGGGAGCUCGUCCAGGACGGCGUUGACCUCAGCACGAUUCAGUGGAGCCAGCAUUAA